UAUAGACAUUAAAUGCCGCCACUCAGCUCUGUGCCGCUUUGUGUUGGUGGAUAUAAACACUUUCUCUAGGUUCAUAACUUUCUGUCUGGUUCACCAUCCAGACAACAAUACCUUUGAUUGUUCAGUGUUGCUGCCAUACUGCCUACUUAACGGAGGGCUGCCAUUGUCGUGGCUUUUGUUCUGUUGAAAGUUUACCCAGAGGACUUUGAAACAGCCAACAAAAGCUGGCCCAUAUACACAGCGGAGAAUGAAUGGGAAGGCAUCAUAUAAGCUGCGAAGACAUCUACUGGCACGCAUGAGAAGUGGGAUUCAUUUGAGCCUCAGCGUUCGUCACUGAGACGAGAUGAAUGAAGGCGACAGCCGUGGAAAUGCCUCAGAUACCUGCAUCCUGUUGUUACCAAAACUGACGCGUUGAAUUUACUGUAAAGUUGGGUUUCAUUGGGAAAACGAAGUAAAAAAGUCGCAUUUGGUGCGAGCAAUUAAGGUUCUUUUGUCUUUGUCACGUUUUAAUUAGUUUUCCCUUUUUGUUUUUUUGCCCCAUUCAGCGUAGCUUCACUGACCUGUUAAAUGAGGGCGGAGGGUUAUGGGGGGCUCGCAGACGGGGGGCAAAAUUAGGCGAUUAUUUUUAACAGCUUCCCACAGAGGACGGCUCAUAACGACGUGGGAGCACGCCGAAGCAGCGCUGCGCCUGGCGCAACGUUUGGGUUUGUUGUCCCUCCAUCUUGCUUUCUGAGUAAAACUUUGUAUGCCGGUUUGGAAAAGUGGUUUUUAGGCGGGAAGAUGCCGGAGACGAAGGAACGGGAGAAACUGGCCGAGGUCAUCAGUCAGUGGAACAGCGACAGACUGGACCUGUUUGAGAUCAGCCAACCUGACGAGAACCUGGCGUUUCACGGCGUGAUCCGCUUCUCCUUCGAGGAUCACGAAGAAGAAGGCAGCGUGGCCACAAAGUGCCUGCGGGUUUGCAGCACCUCGACGACUCGCGAGGUGAUUGAGACGCUUUCAGAGAAGUUCAGGCCGGACAUGAAAAUGCUGUCGACAAAAUAUUCUCUCUAUGAGAUCCACGCAGAUCAAGAGCGCAAGUUGGACCUGGAUGAGAGACCUCUGGUCGUACAAUUGAGCUGGACCUCGGACAACCGAGAAGGACAAUUUGUGCUCAAAAAAGACCAGGAGAGAUUGGAGGAAAGUUAUCAUGAGAAAGAAAAAGGAGGCCUUCUUCACACCUUCAAGAGGACACUGUCAAGAAAAGGGAAAAAGAAAGAGAAAGGCCGAGCUGAGAGGGCGUCAGAGGGCGAGGACGGACCAGCUGAAGAUCUGCUGAACAACAGUGACUGCUCGUCCAGCCUUGAGCCUCUGAGACGUUGCAAAGAAAAGAAAAGAAAUCAGAUUCUUGAAGACUCUUCAGAUCAAUCUGGAUUACCGGUUACAGUAGAGAUCUGUGACGAUGGUGAGUCUGAAUCACAGCCUCUGAAGGCGUUGCUGCUGCUGCGUGUUUGUGAUGUUGUCCUCCUGCCCCCUGCUGGCGCCUCGUACGUUUCAGCCGAGGAGCCCUUCCUGUCCGCAGUCAUAAAUUACAGCAACAGCUCCACGGUUCAUUUCAAGCUGUCCCCCGCUUACAUCCUCUACGCUGCGAGUCGCUUCGCCCUGCGGCGCCGGCGCAGCGGAGGCUCUCCGUCUUCUGCGAGCCCGCACCCCGUAACGUCCAUCACAAACAAAAUGGCGACCAUGAUGGGAAAGGUCAUCCAGAGGCACCAGGCCAUCACUGGGGUUCUCGCCUUCUGGUUGGCCAAUUCCUCGGAGCUGCUGAACUUUCUGAAGAACGACAAAGACCUCGGCCGGCUCACAAAGCAAAGUCAGCUGGAUCUGUCCCAUCAGGUGCACAACGCCUACAGCUUCCUGCUCCGUUGCCUGCAGAGAGAGUUGAGGAAACAUCUACCAACUUUCCUCACCGAUCCUGAGCGACACGGCGCUCUCCCGGCCGGCAUAGAGAUGGUGUUGGACACCUUGAUGAACGCCAUGUCCCUUCUGCGCCGGUGCCGCGUCAACCCGGCCCUCACCAUCCAGCUCUUCUCUCAGCUCUUCCACUUCAUCAGCGCCUGGCUGUUUAAUCAGCUCAUGGCGCCAGAACCCGGCACGCCGGGCCUGCGCUCUCACUACUGGGGGGCCGCACUGCGUCAGAGGCUGACCCCCAUCAAGGUCUGGGCGGAGAGGCAGGGCCUGGAGCUGGCCGCUGACUGCCAUCUGGGACACAUAACGCAGGCGACCGCGCUCCUGACAAUGAGUAAGUACUCGGCUUCGGACGCUAAGGACAUCCAGACUUCCUGUUUCAAGCUGAACUCCCUGCAGCUGCGCAUGUUGAUGGACGGGUACAUGUACGGACCCAGCGAGCCUCAGAUCCCCCCCGACUUGACGGAUGCCGUGGCGAAGGCUGCCAAGGCCUUGGCCGAUAACCUGAUUCGCAGCGAAGGUGGCGAGCUUCGGCUGACGGAGAGCCUCGACCUGCUGCUUCCUUUCCUGCUGCCGCAGGGAGGAUACUCCUGUGAGAUGCUGAGAGGAGUCCCGCAGGGGUUCAGAGAGUUUCUGGAGCCAAUCUGUCAGAAAGGUCUCUGCUGUUUGACGCCUGUGGCUCAUUCCCAAGGAGACUGGACGGCGCAUUUUAGUGAAAACACACACACUGAUGGGGAUUUUUACUUGGCAGCGCACAGGCAGCCCGAGGUUGAGAACAUCACUUUGCACAAGCCUCUGAACAGCGGCAUGGGAGUCAGUAUUGUAGCAGCCAAGGGAGCAGGCCAGAGUAACCUCGGGAUCUACGUCAAGUCUGUGGUCAAGGGAGGACCCGCCGAAAUGAGCGGGAGGCUGGCAGCUGGAGAUCAGCUGCUCAGUGUGGACGGUCACAGCCUGGUCGGACUCAGCCAAGACAGCGCAGCCGCCAUCAUGAUGCGCACCGGCCCCGUCGUCAGCUUACAGGUGGAGAAGUUUGCGGCGAGCUAUCGAGGUCUCGGCAACCUACUGAACGAAUCGCCCCCGGAAAACGAAACGAGCAGCAGCCAUUUAAGACUGGAUGGCGUUUCCGCGCUGUACUGCGUUGUGGAUCUCAGCCCCUCGGAGAGAAACCAGGGAGGCCACAAAAGAAAGAUGCAGAAAUACCGACAGCUUUACCGCUCCAACCCCAACGUGACCUCUGGCUUUUGCCCGGAGGACGGAGGUGAACUCUUUGACCGCGGCAUGAGAGGAAACGGCUUUUCAUCCGUUUCCAGCGACAACCUUAACGCCGAUACGCAUCCCAGAGAAUACCUGACGCUGCCGAACCCCAAGUCCAAGGACAAGUCCGUUUUUGAGCCGAUGCGGUCGACGCAACCGUUUACGAUGGCGGUGACGCCUUCCAGUGAGCAGAGCGACAGCAGGAGAGGCUUCAUGCGUCACGCUGUGUCUCAGGAGAGCUUGUGUGCAGACGGUGGAGGCCCCCUGCUGGGCCAAAAGCAGAAUGCGUGCACGCAGAGGAGCCGGAGUUCCAGUCAGUCGACAAAUUUCUGCCGAUCCGUUGCUCUCCGCUCAAGCGUUUCUACACACGACAUCCCAUCCGACCACAAACAGUCGAGUCCGGCCGACUUCUGGAGGAACCCGUUUUCGCAGCGGGCCGUUCCUACGCCGUCGGUCCGGCCGAUACGCAUCGACAUUCCCGUCGCCAGAGCAGGCGGCGUGCAGUCAAACCCUCCUCUCACCACCUUCCAGCAGAGCCCCUGUGUGCUGAACCGGCUCCGUAAAGCCAGUGAGCAGAGAAAAAGUUCCCCAAGCCCAGCAUGUCCAUCAUCAGCGGCCAAGGCGCUGCUCCAGCCCUCGGGUCUCUGGCAGCAGCAGAGGUCAGAAAAACCCCAAGUGUGCAUCACUCCAACGAAGCGCGUUUCCUUCCAGGAGCCUCCGUCCGAGCGGAAGGCCCAGAGCGACACCCUGGUGCUGCUGUGUGACCCCUGGAGGCGGGAGGCCCAGGAGGCGCUGGAGAAGCAGCAGAGGCUGGAGGCGAUGGAGCGGCUGGAGAGGGAGACGCAGCAGCUCCGAGCCAAGGAGCAACGGAGCACCGAGGAGGACGACAGGCUGCAGAGGCUGGACCUGGAGUGGAGGUUUCAGAAGAGGCUGCAGGAGAUUCAGCAGAGAGGAGAGGAAGAGGAAGAGGAAGAUCUGGACGUCAUGGCGAUCCUGCAGCAGCUGGACAGAACAUCAGAGAUCAAGAUUGGAUCCGUCGGAAACAUCAAGAGGAAACAAAACGAGGAGGAAAAACACGGCGGGAAUCAGCAUUCCUACAAGCAAGAAGGAAAACCAGGUGACAGAGAAAAUGGACUGAAAGCAGCGUCAGAUGAGAAACCGGCGGAGAAAAUCAAGAUGGCGUCGGCUCCUGAGAAGCUCACAUUCAGGGAGCAUCGGCGUCUUUUCUCCCUGGCAACAAGCGCUUGAGUGAAGGUUCCUGGUUUUCUCAAAGAAAACCUUUGAACAGAAGUGGAAAAAAAACAACAAA